AUGCCGUCCACUUCGGUGACUAUGUCCCAUGCAGAGGGACCACCGCAGCCAGGAGGAGCCAUGCUCAAGGGACAGCUGCUGGCCCAGAGUCCCACAGCCCUGCCCCCCACCGGGGGCCCUGAGAAGAGCCUCUCCUUGGAGGACACUCAGGCUGUGGUGAAGCCCCUCAUGCCCACGCCACCUGCCCGGCCCAGGCUGGAGCGUGCCCUGUCCCUGGAUGAGAAGGGGUGGAGGCGGCGACGCUUCCGAACCAGCCAGGAGGACUCCCUGGGCCAGGACAAGGCCGGGCCCUGCAGGGGCACCCCCGGGGCCCCCGCCCGCAGCGGCUCUCCACCAGGCCUGAGCACUUCUUUACAGGAACUCCCGAAGUCCCGCCGGGCACCGGGCAGCCCCUCCUCAUGGGGUAAUUGUUUCUCGGGUGUGAUCAGCACAUCCCUGGACCUACUGCACAGAGAGGCCUCAGCUGCAGGAGCCGCCCCCAGGCUGGCCAGCGUGCUCCCCCCUCGCCUGCUGCCCACCACGGACCAGAGCGUCUCCUUGGACUCGCUGAGGAUGGCCGACAAGGUGGACCCUGACCCGGAGGACUUUCGGAGGCGGGUGCAGAAGAAGCUGAUGAGGGCUCACAGCAGCCUGGGCCCUAGUCGGCCCCGCAGUCCCCUGGCUUGUGACAGCUGCUCCCUGCGAUCAGCCAAGUCCUCCUUCAGCCUUCUGGCGCCCAUCCGCACCAAGGAUGUCCGCAGCAGGAGCUACCUGGAGGGCAGUCUCCUGGCCAGUGGGGCCUUGCUGGGCGCGGACGAGCUGGCACGCUAUUUCCCAGACCGGAGUGUGGCCGUCUUUGUGGCUACCUGGAACAUGCAGGGACAGAAGGAGCUUCCGCCGAACCUGGACGAGCUCCUUUUGCCCGCCGAGGCUGACUAUGCCCAGGACAUGUAUGUCAUCGGGGUCCAGGAGGGCUGCUCCGACAGGCGGGAGUGGGAGACACGCCUGCAGGAGACCCUGGGCCCCCACUACGUGCUGCUGCACUCGGCAGCCCACGGAGUGCUCUACCUGUCCAUCUUUCUCCGCAGGGACCUCAUCUGGUUCUGCUCAGAGGUGGAGUGCUCCACGGUGACCACACGCAUCGUCUCCCACAUCAAGACCAAGGGGGCCCUGGGCGUCGGCUUCACCUUCUUUGGCACCUCCUUCCUUUUCAUCACCUCCCACUUCACCUCCGGGGAAGGGAAGGUGGCAGAGCGGCUACUGGACUACACGCGGACCAUCCAGGCCCUGGCCCUGCCCAAGAGCGUGCCCGACACCAACCCCUACCGGUCCAGCCCUGCUGACGUCACCACCCGCUUUGAUGACGUCUUCUGGUUUGGGGACUUCAACUUCCGGCUGAGUGGUGGGCGGGCCGCAGUGGAGGCGCUCUUGCUGCCCAAGCUGGAGGCGAAUGUGUCGGCCCUGCUGCAGCAUGAUCAGCUUCUCCGGGAGAUGCGGAGAGGUGCUGUUUUCAAGGGCUUCCAGGAGCCGGACAUCCAUUUCCUCCCCUCGUACAAGUUCGACGUUGGCAAAGAUACCUACGAUAGUACCUCCAAGCAGAGGACACCCUCCUACACGGAUCGGGUGAUGUACAGGAACCGUCACCAGGAGGACAUCUGCCCGGUGAGGUACUCCUCAUGUUCCAGCAUCAGGACGUCUGACCACCGCCCCGUGUAUGGCCUGUUCCGCGUGCGAGUGCGACCUGGGAGAGACAACAUCCCACUGGCCGCUGGCAAGUUUGACCGGGACCUCUACCUCCUGGGGAUCAAAAGGCGGAUUUCUAAGGAAAUUCAGAGACAGCAGGUGCUAGGGAGCCACAACUCAAGCACCGUCUGCGCUGUUUCCUGA